CAAAGAAACGACAGCAAGAUGCUGAUUUACAUUUCUGACUCACCUAAUCUAAUUCACAACUCGCUACACCUCGAAGUACUGUUGUUUAAAAACAUUUUCACUGUCUCAAAAUCCAAUAUAACUACCAAAAAAGGAAAACUAACGUUUUACUAGAACAACGAAAGAGCUGUUUACGUUAGUAUUUCUGAGACGAAUACAGAUAAUUAGCAAACUUUUAUGAACAAACUGUUUGUUUUGUUGAAGAAGUCUGACAUCUUGGAAACGAUACUCUGCUCUGCAAGGAAAAGGAAGUCGCUAAGGUGUUCUAAACUUGUGAAAACCGACUUCAAAAAGAUUUACUAAUGGGAAACCAGAGUGCUAAAGAGAAGCCCGCUUCCCCGCUCRAACGAUCCAUUAGCUUCGAAUCUGUAAGCAGUAAGGACAUACAAAACGCCAAAGACGACGAGGAAGAAAGCAAGAAAGUCGAGAGCAAGAAAGAAAAUGGAAAGAAACCCCAAAAAGGAAAGCAGAAAAGACGAAGUAAAGAUGAUUUGGACUUGAAGAAUUUAUCAGGCGAUGAAAUUGUAGUUAAUAUACCAAGAAAGAAAGAGGAUAUGAAAUCGUUAAUCACUAAACAAGCGAUUGAAAUUAGAGGUCACACUGAUAUAAUAAAAGAAGGGAAAAGACAGUUUGUGAAGAUGAUAGGUGAGAAUGAACGAUGCCUAGAGAGAAUUGAAGAGAGAGACCAAGUUAUAGCAGAGAAGGACAAUAUUAUACAACGAUACAGCGAAAAAAACGUUAAUCUGAAAACCCAAAUUGAAGAACUUAGAGUCAACUUAAGCGAAAAGGAUAAAUCAUUGAAAGAUUCUACUUCUGAGAUUCGAAAUCUCCAGAAUCAGUUACACGAUCAAGAAGAAGUUGCUAAAGAAAUUCAGAUUGCUUUGGAAAAAGCAAAACAUACGGAAACCAAAAAAGAAAAGUCUGAGGCGAAUGGAGUACUAAAUGAGGAAAGGUUUGAAGUAAGUUCUAUAAGAAGAGAAAAUGAGCGUUUAAAAACACAACUGAAAGAUAGGGAAAGCCUCAUCGAUGAAGGAAGAAAGGUCUUAAGUAAUUUGAAUCGAGAAAAAGACCUGCUUCAAAAAGAGCUCAGAGAGAGUGAACGCACUUGCACGGAUAUACAAUUCACUUUGGACAAAAUUAACAGAGAAAAAGAAAGAGAUAAAAUCCAGCUUCGACAAAAAGAGAUGGAGGCUUCAGCUAAAGGACAAGCGUUAGAUAAAAUUGAAUCAGAUUUGAGGAAAGUAAGAGAAGAGUUAAAGAGAAAAGAGACGACUUUAGCUGACAAGGAGCGCGCGUUAGAAAGAACCGAGAGGUUGAAACGACAAGCUGACGAAGAAAGAAGAAGUAUUGAAAAACGUUUUGAAACUGAGAGGCAAAAUUUGCAAGACAGUUUAACAAGACUUCGAGAAGAAAAACGGACUUGCGAGGACCGUUUGCGACGGCUCGAAGCAAGUCAACAAGCGCAGGAACGAACGGUACAGAAUCUAGAAGCUGAUAGGAACCGUGCGAAGCGUUCUGCUGACAUCCUAAGAAAAGAUCAACCGUGGAUGAUUACAAGAGAUGAAAUUAUCCUGACCGAUAGAGUUCUCGGUACUGGGGCCUGGGGAAAGGUUUACGAGGGCAACUUCCGUGGAAUGAAAGUAGCGGUUAAAGAACUCCACGAAAUCAUCCAAUCAGUGCACAAUAAACUCUUAUUUGAUCGAGAAAUCACAUUCGCUACCUUAGUACGCCAUCCCUGUAUUCUACAAUUUCUGGGAGUAGCAGACUAUCGAUCUAACAGCCCGCUAUUGGUUACUGAGUUAAUGGACAUGUCACUAUUUCAGCUCCUAACACGUGAUAAAGUACUGGAGCCGAGUCACGUGAUCACGCUUGGUCAAGACGUAGCUUAUGGGCUGAAUUAUUUACAUUGCUUUCGUCCUCGUCCAAUCAUUCAUCGUGACGUGAAUCCAGGGAAUGUGAUGGUGUGGCGUCAAGGAAAUGUUUGGCGCGCGAAGCUGUGUGAUUUUGGGUCAGCGGAUUUUGARAGUGGGAACAUGUCAAUCAAUCCGGGAAAUCCUUUCUACUCAGCACCGGAAGUGCUCUCACCAAGACAGACAGUUAAGGUAAGUAAAUGCUAGUAUUCCUCUUCACAG